AUGCCUAAAAGUGAAAGUGAUGGAGAUAUAAAUCAAAAGAUUUUGUUUACUUUAAAUGUUGAUGAUCCGGGAAAUUGGGACAAAAUGCAAAAUAUUAGGGACUUUUUGGUUGAAAGAGGUCCUAAAAGAUAUGAUGAUAUUUUGUUUUCUCUUAAUAACACUGGAAGACAUUUCAAUCCAUCACAUUAUAAGAGACAAUUGACAAAUAGUGAGAAAAGUGACAAAAUAUGGUUAGUGUACUCUAUUUCUAUGGACAAGAUCUACUGUUUUUGUUGCAAGUUAUUCAAAACUCAGAGAACCAUGGCGAAACUUGGUUAUAUGGCUGACGAAGGAUACAAAGAUUGGAAGAAUAUCAGUCGAUGCCUCAAUCUUCAUGAAACUAGUAAAGAUCAUGUUGAUUGUAUGACUAGUUGGAUUGAAUUAGAAAGAAGACUUCAAAAGAAAAAGACAAUUGAUGAAAAUGUGCAAACUUGA